GGGUGGCGGUGGUGGUGAUGAUGGUGGUGGUGUGGCGGCGGUGUAUGGCGGUGUGUCGCUUGUCUCAACUCUAUUCGACUAGUAGACAUAUUCCUUGCAAGUGUCACGUCGCGGUCGAAGGGAAGUUUACGUCUGAAUAAAGAGGAUUGUUCGAGGAUCGUCUUGUUUGCUUCCUUGUUUUCAGUCAUCAGUUGGAGAUGGAUUUGGCUUUAAAAUGAAAUGCGCGAUCGAGGAUGCGAAAGGGAGCAGGCGUGGACUGUUCGUCGUCUGAGGUCAGGCGUGGGGAUGAACUCUACGGGGUCUAAGAGAGGGAGGAGGUCUGGGGCGCUUCCUGUGCUUGGCACUAGCCUAAAAAAGCUUCACAAACAGAAUCGCGACCGAAUGUCUUUUCAAUGCUACGAAAAUGGUGAAGUGUGGGAAAAAGUGGGCAUUGAGUAAAGGCUUCGACUGCUCGAAUCAUGACAGAAGCGUCGGAGGAUGGUAACUACUUAGUAAGGGUUUGUGCCCAAGUAAUGACGAGAGAUGACAGUUCUGGUGGAUGGGUUCCUCUUAGUGGAGGUGGUUUAGCUAAUGUUUCUGUGAGACGUAGAGCAACCUCAGUGAGUGGACUUCAGUCUAAUAAUACCAAUGGUACAAGUAUUUCUACUUCGAAUGUUAACACUACAACUUCGAGUACAACUGUCAACGCACAGGGUCAUGGAUCUAGUACUUCUCCACCUAGUGCGACAAAAAGAAAACAUGAAUAUCUUAUCUAUGGGAAACGUAUCACCGAUCAAUCGGUUGUUCUUAGCUGUACUAUUAAAAAGGAUUUUGAAUACAAUAAGGUAAUGCCAACUUUUCACCAUUGGCGGACAGGAGAGAAAAAAUUUGGAUUAACUUUUAGAACGGCUGCGGAUGCAAGAGCAUUCGAUAAAGGUGUACGUACUGCAGUGGAAGAACUGUUGGAAGGACUUGCGGAAUCAACAUUGUGUUGUAAUCCUGCAGAUGGUGGUGACGAAGAUGUUUUUAUGACCUUAAAUUUACCUGUGGAUCCUUUAGAUCCACGUCCAUCUUCGGAUACAUCUCGUGGAGUAGUUCGUGUACCUAUUUACCAUCCCCAAUGUCCAGAUGUUUUUGAUUCGCAUAAUAAACCUAUUCAUUACAUUGGUGGAUCCGCCAACAAAGUAUCACUAUCUCAGCAUCCUUUGACAUCAACUGCAGACAUUGGAUCUGAUAAUUACUCCUAUGUGCAUCUUACAACAGUUAACCAUGAAUAUUUAUAUCCCAUCGUCGAUGAUCAUAAAAGUGAUAGAUUAGACAGGCACAGUAGUGGAAGUUCUUUGAAAAAACCCGACAUUAUAGUGUCACAACCUUCAAAAAAUACUUUUAGACGUAAUGUUCAGUUACGAUGUAAACAUUGCCAAGAAAUAUAUUCUGAGCAGCACAAUCCUAGAGGAUCUUGCGAGGAUGCUCCCGAUCCUAUUAGACGUGGAAUAGCAACAAUAUCUUGUUUAUCAUGUGCUCAGUGUAUGCUGUAUCAUUGUAUGAGCGAUUCUGAAGGUGAAUUUACCCAAAAUCCUUGUAGUUGUAAUACGGAAGAAGGAUGUGGACGAAGAUGGAUUGGUUUAGCAUUAUUAUCACUAAUUGUUCCGUGUUUAUGGAUUUAUCCCCCACUCAGAGCUGUUCACUGGUGUGGAAUGUCGUGCGGAAUGUGUGGAGGCCGUCAUCAUCCAAUGGAAUAACUGGAGGAUCCCUUUGAUGUCUCUGCUCCAUACUCAGUUGAAUCAACAAAGUUUUCAUCAUCGCGUAGUGCAGUCGCUAAUGUGUAUGAAUGUCACGAUCUGAGUAUGGGACGUUGUCAGAGGUAUCAAAGGGGCAGACAGCUUCCAGUACACGCACUAAUCCAUCAACAUCAUCUGUGAAAAUUAAACUGACAAAGAAAAUGAUAUGGAGCACAAGAUGCAUUUAGCCUUCACACUGUGUAUAUUCCGUACGUUUUGUAAACUUUAUUAGCAGUAUGAAUUGUUUAGUCACAACUGUAUAUUAAACAAUUGACAGAUGGAAGUAAGAUAGUAUUUAUACUUCCACCAAUUGGUCUGUGGAUAGAACUGAGCAACUAUGUAUUGUACAUGGUGUAAAUUACGAGAGUGCAGCUGUGAGAUAAUGCAAAAAACUUUUUAUUCCCAGUUUGAAUUAUUAUUCUCUGCCUCAUGUAAUGUGUGUAUAGAGAGCACAAUGUCCACACUGGAAUCGAGCAUUGCUGCGAUUGUCAGAAUGAAAGUGUAAGAAUGUGUUCUAUUCAUAAGUUCUGAUUAUACUACACAAGUUAAAGCCAGUAUUUGCUAAUUUUCUAGCCCUUAUUAGUAUGUAAUAAAGUUGGGAAACAAGAGUAAAUUGAAACUGUAAAGUUAAUCAAGAUAAAGUGAAAAUUACUCUAUAUUUAUCAUUUAUUAGUCGUUGGAAAAUAUCUCAUUAAAAUAUAUGAUGGAAAGCAUUGCAAUAUUUGCAUGUAUGCUAUGUUGCUGCUGCAAUCACUUGAAUAAUUAAUUUCCUAAAAAAUACAAAAAUUAUUGUCAAGGUGAUUGAAUAAUCUUCUAAGUUGCAAACCAUGUUAUGGGUGCCUAUAUUGUACAAAUUUUGUGAUAUUUUAGAACAUAUAUGUAUUUUUAUGUAUUUUAUUGAUAAAAAUAGAUUGACAAAAGCUGGCUGCGUCUCAUAAGAUGCAAACAGUAGCUAAUAUUUAAUAAAUACAACUUCUUCACAAAGCAAAUA